UUUCAAAAAGACAGUCUGCUUAUUAAAAUAAUUUAACAAACCAACACUCAAACUUUUCUCUCUCUAAAAAUGCUUCAAAAUCCCAUUAUUAUGAGUUCUGUAAUGCUAAUUCACCAUCAUCAUAUCUAACCAGUAAUACCAACUCUACCCACUAAAAAUCAUUGCAUUUUCUUGAUUUUUUACUAGCUUUGGUUCACUGUGCAGUAGCUUGCUGCACUUAAAAGAACCCAACUUUGCUCAUAAAAGCCUAUUUUGAAAGUGGAAAUUUGAAAAUGAGGGUUCUUGUUUUGGUUUCUUUUCUACUUUCUUUAGCAACUUCUUUCAGUGGUUCCUCUCUUGCUCUCACUGAAGAUGGUCUUACAUUGUUGGAAAUGAAGAGCACAUUGAAUGAUACUAGAAAUGUGCUAGCUAACUGGCUAGCUACUGAUGAAUCUCCUUGCAAAUGGACUGGUAUUUCUUGCAAUGACCAAAGAGUUAGCUCAAUAAACCUGCCUUACAUGCAAUUGGGAGGGAUUAUAUCUGCUAGCAUUGGGAAACUUAGUAGACUACAGAGGCUUGCACUUCACCAAAAUGGUUUACAUGGAAUUAUUCCUAAUGAGAUCACCAAUUGUACUGAGCUUAGAGCAGUGUACUUGAGAGCUAAUUAUCUUCAGGGAGGCAUUCCAUCAGAUAUUGGAAACCUUUCUCAUCUCACAAUUCUGGAUUUGUCAAGCAAUUUGCUAAAAGGUGCUAUACCUUCAUCUGUUGGUCGUCUUACACGUUUGCGCCAUCUGAAUUUCUCUACCAACUUUUUCUCUGGUGAAAUCCCCGAUUUUGGAGCUCUAAGCACUUUUGGGAACAACUCGUUUAUCGGCAAUGCAGAUCUUUGCGGUAGACAAGUGCACAAGCCAUGUCGAACUUCAAUGGGAUUUCCUGCAGUACUACCACAUGCUGCAAGUGAUGAAGCAGCAGUUCCUCCAAAACGAUCCUCCCAUUACAUCAAAGGGGUGCUGAUAAGUGGAAUGGCCUUAAUGGCACUUACAUUAGCAGUGCUUCUUGCAUUUCUCUGGAUUUGCUUGCUAUCAAAGAAGGAACGAGCAGCUAAGAAAUACACAGAAGUCAAAAAGCAAGUUCAUCAAGAAUCAAGUACAAAGCUUAUUACUUUCCACGGCGACUUGCCAUACCCUUCCUGUGAAAUCAUAGAAAAGCUAGAGUCCCUGGAUGAGGAGGAUGUUGUAGGAGCUGGAGGGUUUGGUACUGUAUACCGUAUGGUCAUGAAUGAUUGUGGAACAUUUGCUGUCAAAAGGAUAGACAGGAGUCGUGAAGGAUCUGAUCAAGCAUUUGAGAGAGAGUUGGAGGUUUUGGGUAGCAUCAAGCAUAUCAAUUUGGUAAACCUGAGAGGCUAUUGCAGACUUCCAAUGUCAAAGCUUCUGAUAUAUGAUUAUCUGGCCUUGGGAAGUUUGGAUGAUAUUUUGCACGAACAUAAAGGGGAACAACAUCUAAAUUGGAGUGCUCGUUUAAAGAUAGCUCUAGGUUCUGCCCGGGGGCUAGCAUACUUGCACCAUGACUGCAACCCAAAGAUAGUUCAUCGCGAUAUAAAAUCAAGUAACAUUCUCCUUAAUGAAAAUUUGGAUCCUCAUGUCUCUGAUUUUGGUCUUGCCAAACUUUUGGUCGAUGAGGAUGCCCAUGUCACAACUGUAGUUGCUGGCACUUUUGGAUAUUUGGCACCAGAGUACUUGCAAAGUGGGAGAGCCACUGAGAAGUCGGAUGUUUAUAGCUUUGGGGUUCUCUUGCUAGAGCUAGUCACUGGAAAAAGGCCUACCGAUCCAGAAUUCGUAAAAAGAGGCUUAAAUGUUGUGGGUUGGAUGAACACCUUAUUAAAAGAAAACCGGUUAGAAGACGUGGUGGAUAAAAAAUGCAGUGAUGUAGAUAUGGAAAGUGUCGAAGCAAUUCUUGAAAUAGCAGCAAGAUGCACGGAUGCAAUCUCUGAUGAUCGGCCAACAAUGAACAAUGUAUCGCAGUUGUUAGAGCAAGAAGUAAUGUCUCCUUGCCCAAGUGAUUAUUACGAGUCGCAAUCUGAUUAUUCCUAAAAUGGUAUGAAUCACUUGCAACCACAGCCAUUGCUAUGUAUGUAAUACAUUCAACUUGAUGUUUUUAAUUUAUUACAUCCUUAAAAAGUUUUCCAAUA